AAGUCAACUCGGCCACGCGCAACCGCAGUGUCAAGUCUACUGUCAUUAAAGAGCUAGCCAAAGGAAGACAUCCUAUAGUUAUGUAGCUGAAACACGGUGGUCCCGAGCAUGGUGGGCCUGGUUACUAUAAGCUAGCGGUUACGGCCUCUUUUUGGCUCGAGAAGUUCUUUGAAAGCGGCCGUAUCUUGCGUUUGUCAAACUGGCAGUAAGUUGAGGUAGCCGCAUGCUAGCAGGCUACAGUGCGUUUGAGAUGUGCUGCAAUUUUGUUUUUGUCUCUCACUCGUCUCGGCUAGCGGCGUGAGGGAGCUGUCGGAGUAACCUCUUUUUUUUUGUUGUUGUUUUUUAAUAUACACCCCCCCCCCCCCCAUGGUGCCCAUGGUAAAAUAAGCUGCUCCCCCAUCCUCGUCGUCAGACCAAGCAAGAUGUGGCAAAGUGUGGGGCUUACACUGCUGGUCAUUGUGGCCACGCUACUUUGUGUCCUUAUCUUCAUGUUGUGCGGUUGGUAUGUGGUCUGGCAGCUCUUCUUGUCCAAGUUCAAGUUCCUGCGCGAGCUUGUCGGGGACACGGCCGCCCCGGGGGCGCUCGCGCAGCCGUCCGAAAGCGAGAGCGAACGUGCCGCGAACGCCCCCGCACGCAACCGUCCCAGGACUGCACGCCAAAGAGUUUCCUUCCAGGAGAGCACCUCAUAGAUCGCCACUGACCGUGCGCCUUACACUAAACGAGGACUUCUCCUAAUUGACAACUCAGUAGGAGCCCGCCUCUGACCUCCUCUCCCCUCGGGUGGGGGGGGGGAAGCCAUUUUCAACGCCAUCCAUUUCUAGAUGUCAGUCAUUUUCUGUAGAUACACUCACCUAUGGCAAGCCGUUUGAGUAUGAAUUCAAUAUCCUCGUAGUACUUCAUGAAUUGCCCAUUUACCACUUUAUAAUUUGUCCUCACUAGUAAGACAAUUCAGAGCACUAGUUGAACAACUAUGCUUCCGUAGUAAUGUUCCCACUGCCACUACUUUCCAUAUGCCAUUGUCUAUUACAGAUAAACAGAUAUCUGCUGUUAAUGUACAGCACUUUAUCCCUAUGGAUCUAUGAAAUUAAUUACAUUUUCAAAACUGACUUACCUAUACAACAUUCCUAGGAAUGUCGCAUCACAGGUGACCUAUUUUUGCUGCAGGUCUGCUGGCUACUUAUGUGGUCCUUGGGGAUAUCAUGUUAAUGACCCGACAUGUAGUUCUGCUAGUCUGCAGAAAUGUUAUACAGUAAGCAGUGGAAGGCAGUAAUGGGGAAUAAAAAUGUCAUGAGUAAGUCUCGUUCUGCUAAUGCGCGGAAUUGCCUUAUUGGUGAGGACAACUGUGUUUGCUGUGCUUAAAAAAAAAAAAAAAAAAGCAACCGCAGCUGUUACAAAAUAGCUAUGCAUAAGAUGGAAGAAAAGAUAAAACACAGUAAAUGAAAGAGUCUCAGAGUGUUAUUCCUUCUUGUACUGUCUACAAAGCACGUAAGCAGACACGGACAGUUAUGAUAGCAAAUUAAGUCUCAAAACAGCUUGCCAUACUCACCAGCCACUUUAUUAGGUACAAUGACACCUUUUCCUGGCUGCACCGAGUGUUUAGCCAUGGAGUGUAUUAGAUAUUUUUUAGGUGCCAGAGGCCCUGUAGACUUAGUGAAGUGCACUGACAGGAACGUCAUCUUUACUGUGGAUGACAUGUAAUAGAGCUUCAUUUCCUGACGGUCGGAACGACUCGCAUAUCUUUUAAAAACGCACGUCGUCUGCUCAAAAGGGGGUUUACAAGGGACUGACAAGUGUUAAGUUGUGCGGAGUUUUGACGCUGCUACACACGAACUGAGCUGACAUCCUGGAGCGCCGAACGCAGGCUCCCUGCUGCAGAAAUGCUUGCCCACGUGGCGUCCAAAACUAUCUCCCUGUCCAUAGAAGUUCUCCCUGCACCAGUGUCUUGUCUAGAUAGCGUCCACAGUUUUUCUAUUCUCAUGAUCCCUUUUUUGUACUCGUCUUCUCCAACGAGGCUAAUUCAAAGCGGAGCAAGACCUGGUCGAUAUUUAUCUGCUGUCCUUCCAUUGUAUAAUUAUCUUGCACCUUUUGAUCAAUGAUGAUUAUCAUUUCUGUGGCGCAGCUGCCUCAAACCAAACAUGUUGAACUUCAGUCCUGUUCUCUGCUCAAAUGGAAGCUCCAUGUCUGCAAUUUAAAAAAAUAAAAUAAUUGAAAUUGAA